CACCAACAAACACACACACAGACAUGUACAUACACACACAGAAACAUGUACACACGUGCACAGAGACACAUGUACAUACAGACACAUGUAGACACGCAUAUACACAGAUACAUGUACUUACACAGAAAUGCACAGAUACAUGUACAUACACACAGACAUAUGUACAUACAUAAACAUGUACAUGCGCACACACACACACACACAUACAUGUACAUACACGCAGAUACCUAUAAAAAGUUGCAGUACUUCGUUGUUCACUCACAGAGCCGGGUACUGCACUCUAGGGGGAGGCAGAGAGCACAGCACACACUCCUUGCUUUGCUUUCACUGCGCUCAGCUAUUGAGCAGUCGGACGACUCCCAGUGCCAAUGACAGAUCCGGCCUGAGCGCCGAGCCUGCUCAGCAAGACUGCCCUGGGGGACACACUCGCCCCCACCAUAAUUUCCACUCGCCAUUGGCGUGCAGGCAAGUGGAAAUUUCAAGGCCUGUACUA